AUGGCGUACCUGCCAAGAGCUAAUGCUCUGCGCUCUGUGGCUCAUGCGCAGGACACACACCACCACUCCACAGAGAAGCCCUUGAUUCAGUGCUACAAGUGUGGGGAGCCAUGUAAGGGCGAGGUGCUCCGGGUGCAAAACAAGCACUUUCACCUCAAGUGCUUCACCUGCAAAGUCUGUGGCUGCGACCUCGCGCAGGGGGGCUUCUUCAUGAAGAAUGGAGAGUAUCUGUGCACCCUGGACUACCAACGCAUGCACGGCACCCGCUGCAACGGCUGUGGGGAUUUUGUGGAGGGAGAAGUGGUCACCGCCCUGGGCAAGACCUACCAUCCUGCCUGCUUCGUCUGCACCAUCUGCAAACGACCGUUCCCUGCCGGGGACAGAGUGACCUUCAACGGGAAGGACUGCCUGUGCCAGUACUGUGUUGAGCCCAUGUCUCCAGGACCCAGGGACAUCAUCGGCUCCAGCAACUGUGCAGGAUGUGGCCGGGACAUCAAGAAUGGACAGGCCCUCCUUGCUCUGGACAGACAGUGGCAUUUGGGCUGCUUUAAGUGUAAAGCUUGUAACAAAGUUCUGACUGGGGAGUACAUCAGCAAGGAUGGCGCCCCCUACUGUGAGAAAGACUAUCAGAUCCAUUUUGGAGUUCAGUGUGAGGCGUGCCACCAGUUCAUCACGGGGAAGGUGUUGGAGGCAGGAGAUAAGCACUACCACCCCAGCUGUGCCAGAUGCAGCAGGUGUAAUCAGAUGUUCACAGAGGGAGAAGAGAUGUACCUCCAAGGGUCAACAGUAUGGCACCCGGGCUGCAAGAACACCACAAGAACAGAGGAGAAACACAGGGAGCGGGCAAAAGUAGACAAUGAGAUCCUUGAUUACAGAGACCUAGCUGCCAUUCCAAAAGUCAAAGCCAUUUAUGACAUUGAGCGCCCUGAUCUUAUUACCUAUGAACCCAUGUACACAACCUCCAUGGAUGAGAGAGAGGAGAGGCAAGAGAGUGUGGGAGAGCUCCACACUGCCAGGAGAGAACGUUCCCCCUUGCCUGAUGACAAGGAAUAUGUCACCAACCCCAUCUGGAGAGAGGCUCUGACAGGCAUGCAGAAGCUCUGCUCCUCCCUGUGCAGUAACAGUAUGGGCUCCAGAAAUAGUGACUCCCGCCCCACAUCCCCUUUCAGACACCACUUCCUCCCCCAUAGUCAAGGCACCGACCCACCGAGUGGCCGGAGCUCCCCGCUCCCACUCAGGCCCGACAGCCGGCCGGUCACCCCGCCUCUCUCUCUGACCCCUAAACAUUUCCACCUCCCAGAUCAGGGGAGCAACAUCUACAGAAAACCACCCAUCUACAAACUGCACGGUUCAGAAGGGAGGAGGCGAUCUAGAGAAGAAGAGGAGGAGGAAGCUUUAAAAAGAAAGCAACUCCAGGAGGAACAUCUCAGUAAAAUUCAAUCAGGUUUGGGGAAGCUCAUUUUGAAGGAGGAGAUGGAAAAAGAUCAAAUCAGGGAGCGACAUGCACGCAGCCUCUCCGCCCAGCGCUAUGAUCCCAAACAGGGCAACUGUGACGCAGAUCCAACCUCUCCCACUAAGACUAACUCUCUGCCUGGCUAUGGACGGAAUGGUCUGCAUCGGCCUCAGUCAACAGAUUUCACGCAGUACAACAGCUAUGGGGACAUGUGCGGGGGAGGCAGAGAGUUUCAGCGUCACUUAGCACCUGAAACGUUCUUUGACAUCUUUGGAAUGGAGAUCCAGGAGUUUGACAGGCUUCCCCUGUGGAAACGCAACGACAUGAAAAAGAAGGCCAAGCUCUUCUAG